CAACUGUCAUGUGAACUGAUGAAAGCAAGCUGUGACAGCAGCUGAAGAGUUUAGGCACAUGGUCCUGCAAAAAACUGAUGGUUAACUGAGACUGAAUGAAAAAAAAAAUGAUUGGAAUGAUAUAGUGCUAUAGCGGAAGGCAGUAUUUAGAUAACUUAACCGUUACUCACAAUGAGUUACAUGUCACUAGAGCACAGUGGAGGCGCUCAGGAACAUGCAGAACAGAACGAGCCAUUGUUAGAUGACUACACUGAAGACGAUGAUUUUGUGGAGGAGGCAAAGAGACGAGUGAAAUGGAAGCAACAUAAGAGAAGAUGUAAAAUGGCCAUCCUCCUGCUAGGAUUUUUAAUCGUGGCCACCUGUGUCGUUGUUGUGCCCAUUCUCUUGUCACAUGACUGGCCUAAGGGGCGAAACAUCUUGUUCUCAAACUCCGUGUUAGGAGAGUAUAAACAUGCUGCAGUGGCCUCAGAUGUUACACAGUGCUCCAACAUUGGCAAAGAUAUCCUGGAGCAAGGUGGGUCUGCAGUGGAUGCGGCUGUAGCCAGCCUCUUCUGUAUGGGGCUGACUGAUCCCCAGAGUAUGGGGAUUGGGGGAGGCUUCCUGAUGACUGUCUACAACAGGUCUACAGAGAGUACAGUGAUCAUAGAUGCUCGUGAGGUAGCCCCUGCUGCAGCUAAUGAGACUAUGUUUGUGGAUGACCCAAAGUUGGGAGCAUCAGGUCCAUUGUCUAUUGGCGUACCAGGGGAGAUUAAGGGGUAUUGGGAAGCACACCUUCUCUUUGGACGACUGCCCUGGGAACAACUGGUUAAACCUACAGUAACAAUGGCAGUGGACGGGUUCACUGUUCCUGCAUCUUUAGCUGAAGCGCUGGAAGAUGAUAAAACAAACAUUCUAAAUGAUCCUCAGUUAAGGAAGGUGUACCUGAACCCAACGACCAAUGAACUGUACAAAACUGGAGAACAUAUGAAGUAUCCACAGUUAGGAGAAACCCUCAAAUCUAUAGCUAAGCAUCCCAUGGGGUUUUACACUGGAAAGCUGAUGAAGGAUAUUGCACAAGAAUUGUCAGACAAAGGUUCCAUCAUUACUGAAGAAGACAUGAAGAAUUACACAGUCCGCUUGCGUGAGCCAUCAGUCACAGAGCUGCGGAGUGGCCUGCGAGUUGUCUCUCCUCCCCCACCAGGAAGUGGCCCAGUGCUGGAGUUUAUCCUGCAGAUCCUGGAUGGAUAUUCCUUCACCACAGGCAGUCUGGAUCCACAGGAAGCAGUUGUUGCAUACCACAGGAUCAUUGAAGCCUUCAAGUUUGCCUACGCGAAAAGGACUUACCUGGGUGAUGAGGAUUUUGUGGAUGUGAAGGAGCUUGUAGCUAACCUGACAUCUAGAGACUUUGCAGACCAGAUACGGCUGAGGAUAUGGGACAACCAGACCCACAAUACAGAGUGGUAUGGCCCUGUAUGGGAGGGCCGAGUGAAGACCGGCACUGCACACCUGUCAGUGGUCGCCCAAAACGGUGAUGCUGUAUCAGUAACAAGCACAAUCAACUCCAGGUUUGGGUCGUUGGUCAUGGGUGAAAAGACAGGUAUUAUCUACAACAAUGAGAUGGAUGACUUCUCCUCACCGAAUGUCACUAAUGGCUAUAACCUACCGCCUUCUCCUGCCAACUUCAUUCGGGCUGGAAAGCGCCCUCUAUCAUCCAUGUGUCCAGCCAUUGUGCUGUCACAAUCUGGGGAGGUAAUGAUGGCUGUAGGAGCUGCUGGUGGAUCAAGGAUCACCACUACUACUGCAAUGGUUAUGGCGUAUGUGCUAUGGUUUGGGGACAACAUCAAGCAGGCGAUUGAUGAGCGGAGGUUACACCACCAGCUGCUACCUGCACAAGCUUACUAUGAACAGGACUUCCCACAGGAAUAUGUAACUGGAUUAGAGAAACUGGGUCACAACAUGACCUGGCAGAAGCUGGGUGAGUCUAUAGUACAAGGUAUUGUCCGAGAGAAUGGUGUCCUGCAAGCCAACUCUGACUUCAGAAAGGGAGGAACUCCAGCGGGGUACUAGU